CAUUUCACCGUUGGACGCCUGUCAAAUUUGUUUUAUAUCAACGCGCUCUGUUCUUCUUUCCAAACGCUUCUUUUACAAUUUUCACGGGCUUUUCCAGCUCCAAUUGGUCAAGACUGAGUGAUAAGCUUCUCACAGUAGAAAAAUGCCACGAACAAAAUUGCCAAAAAACUCUAAAAGAAAUCGUGAACAAACCCUGGAGGACCUCAUUUCCGGGACAAUGAGGGAAUUUGAUGAAACCUUUGAGACACAAAUUGCAAAUCUCGAGCUGAUGCAUUCAAAUAUCCUUGAGAAAGUCGAAAUGGGGAUUCAUAAAUUCUUGUCCAGUCUUCCAGAAAAUAUUCUAAAUCUCAAGUUUGGAGAUCUCAGAACUAUGAACGUUAAAGGCCUGGCGGAUGCUUCGAAGGAACUUAGUGCCAGUCAAACGGAGACCUUGAACAUGACUUCUGGACAGAAUUCCACACAAAACCGGAAGCAAUCGAGAGAGGACGAAGGUUACCUUACAGAAACUGGUACUUCGGAAGUGACGAGCAGUUCAGCAAUUCGAGGACCAUUGUCUUCGGCUCGAGGCAAAUUGAGACGCAGUAAAUCUGCCACUGGAUCACUGCAGAGUCUUGCUCAACCAAUGCCACCGAGUCGCCUGAAGCCACCGACUCCCCUCAAGGGUCCCCUACUUCCUCAAACUGAGCACAAAUCCAGGUCGGCCUAUCGUACUCCAUUGCAGCGUCAGGGUCGAUUGAAGGCAGCCAGUGCCGAUCGCAUUGACCAGAUCAAACCCAAAGUGCCUGUGGAUCAGCCUCUGUCCCUGUUGCGCUUCCCCCGAGUGGGAGAGACUCUCGUGUCACUCACGGGAAGUCCCGUGGCCGGGGGUGGCCCAGAUCCAGUGGCCAGUGUCAACAUUCCUACAUUGGAUGGUGUUCUGUCUCUACGACCGACAGCUGCUUCAACCUUUGACCCACAUGUCAUCAGUCAGAUUGACGAAGGAACUCUUCGUAAUCUUCAUCAACUGCAGGCAAACAUCAAUAUGAUGCUCAAGAUGGCCAAGGGGAAGUAAAAA